AUGGCGGAAAUUAACCCGCAAUUUGAGAGUCUGUACGACGACAUGUCCACCUUUGUGGACGCUUGCAUGUCAGGCCAUGAUCCCUCACAUAACCCGCCCCAUGUACACCGGGUGGUUAAGCUCGCCCUCAAGAUCCUUGAUUCAGAACGAAAGUUAAACCCAGACACACAGUACUCUGAGGCCGUCGUCAAGCUUGCAGCCUUGCUCCAUGAUAUUGGAGAUCGGAAGUAUUUGCCGAAUCUAUCGACGGAUACAGCCGAGCCGGGCUCUUUGAACCCGAAGACAAUGGUUGAACACGCAUUGCUGCAGCGUGGUGCACCGGCAGACCUAGCCUCCCGGGUACAGACCAUUGUCUCCCACGUGUCAUAUUCCACAGAGUGCAAGGAUCCCUCUGUGAUCCAACGACUGAUUGAUCAAGAUGGGCUGGUGGAGCUUGCGAUUGUUCAAGAUGCUGAUCGACUGGACGCAAUAGGGGCCAUUGGUAUUGGUCGGUGUUUUACCUUCUUGGGUGCUCAGGGCAAGAAGUUUGCUGGCGAAGGGGGGUGGGUCAUGGAUAAUGCAAUUGAGCAUUUCGGGGAUAAACUGGAGAAGCUAGAGAAGAUGAUGAAGACAGCGACGGGAAGGAAGAUGGCUCAAGUGCGGACAGAAAGAUUGAAGACCUUCGAGGGAUGGUGGGCAGAGGAGAUGGGGGAGUCAGCUUGA